CGCUAGUACGGCUUCCUGUUCGCCCUAAUCAGACAUAUACCGUAUCAACCCCACCUCUGUAAGACCCGCCUUCAACACACUGUCAGCCUCAACCUUUACCAACGCCUUGGACAACUGCUAUCCCUUAAAUUCGAAAUGAAGACGUUCAACGCCAUCCUCGCCUUAACGGGCUUCAUAGCGACUGUCACCGCCGUUGCCCUUCCUCAGGUUCCCAUUUGCACAUUCGACCCCGCCAAGGGCGAGUACGUGUGCCCGACUGCAGUAACACUCAGCUCUACCACCACUUCCGCAAAGCUCAACCCGACCCUCAUCGAUGGCGCAGCCACCAAGUGCGGUGAAGAAGGCCUUCGCAAGUGUACUCGCGAGCGACAAGGCUCUGUCUGCAAGAAUGGUCAGCGGGAGCUGGUCCACCGCUGCGCCACAGUCAGCAGUGUGAAAUGAAGGACGGCAACUUCUGCUGCCGCACUCGUGGUCCAGGCUUCAGCUGCUGAAAAGCAGCCUUGCGUCGAGAAAGAUUAGCAGACUUCUUGUAAGUGACAGUGCGCUCAACGAUUCCAUGCUCUUCUUUUGACCAUACACAGCUUCCCCGCGAGUCGAGUCUGACUGGACUAGCGUCAAUUGGUCUUGCCUCAGGACAGACUUGUCAGGACUGCUGAUUGAGUGGCGAUAAAGAUAUUGCCUUUCGAGCUGUGAGCGACACAAGAUAUGUCUUCGAGGACAGAGGAGACCUUACAUGACUCUCCCAGUUGAAUUCUAGGAUUGUGGUUAGACAAAACGAGUACGAAAA